GGCGUGUCGUAUGUAACAAGGAACUCCCCCUUAGUGGACACUCAAAUCCCAAAGUUAGCUGUCGCUGUUCGCGCUCGUAUAGAAAAAAAAUAAUUUGAUAAAGAUUAUUUAAAUAGCACAGCAGUUUACAGUCCGUAUCCACCAGAUCCACACAAAACUUGGUCUUUGUAGACGACCAUGUCUGUUGUUCCGGACAAAAGAGCACCGGAGGAUGAAGUGGACGCUCGGGCGGCCGGUGUCGACGCUCCGUCAGGCGGAGCCUCGAGCUCUUCUGUGUCCCCUGGAUGCUCGCAAGUGGACGCCAAGGCUGAAGACCUUCUGUACAGGUACAAGCUGGACUACCCUAGCCUCGGAAUGUGCGUCAUCAUCAACAACAAGAACUUUGACAGAAACACGGGCAUGAAUGCCCGCAACGGCACGGAUGUGGACGCCGGGAACGUGAUGAAGGCAUUCACCAAACUGGGCUACAAAGUAACCGUGAAAAAUGACCUUACCGUGGAGAAAAUCAAGCAGGUGUUGUCAAAAGCUGCCCUGGAGGACCACAGCAAGGCGGCCUCCUUCGUGUGUGUCCUGCUGAGCCAUGGCGAUGAUGGCGUGCUCUACGGCACCAACGGCCCGGUCGACCUCAAGAUCCUCACGGGCUACUUCCGUGGCGACCACUGUCCAACCCUGGUGGGAAAGCCCAAACUCUUCUUCAUCCAGGCGUGCCGAGGGACUGAUUUGGAUCAGGGCAUCGAGCAGGAUGGGGACCUCGAAACAGACGGGCCCGGGAAGUCUCCAGACAGAAUCCCCGUGGAGGCAGAUUUCCUGUAUGCAUACUCCACUGCCCCAGGGUACUACUCAUGGAGGAACACCAUGUGCGGGUCCUGGUUCAUCCAGUCUCUUUGCGACAUGCUGGGCAAGUAUGGGAAUCGGCUGGAGCUCAUGCAGAUCAUGACCCGAGUCAACCACAAGGUGGCGCUGGACUUUGAAUCCUCGUCCGACAUCCCUGGAUUCCACGCGAAGAAGCAAAUUCCUUGUAUAGUGUCUAUGUUGACCAAGGAGAUGUACUUUAAGUCAUAGUGAUGCUCCGUAGCUGUUGCUGGGAAGCCGAGUUUUAUAUUCUGUGUGUUUUCUUAUUCAGGGUUGUGUCUAGGCCUUUUUACUUGUUUGGAUUUAUAUCAGCUGAAAAUGUGCCUCCAUUAAGCUGCACAGUUGUUCCAGGGACUUCUGUGCUUUAUAGGACAUAUCAGACUUCGCAGCACUUUGCUGACGGGAGCAUGCUGUCAUACAGGUAACCAUGGUGAUGGUGCGCAGAGCAUACCUACUGUCUCGGGCAAGUGCAGUCAUGUAACUGCAGGCCUGAGCCAUUGUGGGGAAGUGGGAGCCGCUGUUUUCAGGCCGUCCUCCUGGCUAAGCCUAAGAACUGGUCCCCACUUCCCAGUCUCAUCUGCAGAUCCCACCUUGGUCCUCUUGGUCCUCCAUCUUAGGGUUUUUCCAAGUAACACCCUUGGCCUCCCCGUAUCGGCUAUAGGCUCUGUUCUCCCACACUGUGAUCUUUGUGGCCUGUGCGUCCCCCCCACCCCCCAUGCUUCCUCCAAUUGUGUGUCCCGGCUGUUUGGGGGGGAAACCCAGAGCUUGCGCGUGGAUGCUGUUCCAGGGCCCUUAGCCUGAAGCAGGGGCCGGGUUGUUCGUUUAAACAUUAACCAAGGCCUGAGGAAAUGUAUUUGAAGGCAUGUUUUGAGUUUAUCAUGUGGAGGUGAUGCAUCUGCAGGGAAAUUACAUGUGAGUAAUCUAGCAAUUUAGCUGUUGAAUUGACUUUUUAUAAGUCGUUUUGUAUUUUCACUGUUCUGAUGUCCUUGAUCACUGCAGCUUCCCACAGAAGUCGACCACUACAGUGAGCAUGUGUCAUGAGUCUUAUUAAAGGCUGUCAUUUUGGAGAA